ACGUGUCUUGAGUUUGAGAAAUAAACGUUUGCCUUUUCUGUUCCUCAUCCUCCCAACUUUUGGGACAUAGGAUUCUAUAGCCUAUAAAUACCCAUCGAUAAGUUUUCGACACUCACAGGAGAAACCCCAACCCUCUAGUGUUCUUCAUCUUUUGGUCAGACACCUGAAUCUAAGAAAUGUCUCUUCAGAUUUCAGCAAUCCCAUCUUUACCUUCUGCUCAAGAAACAAGCCACGUGACCGAACGCCGGACGGCAAAUUAUCAUCCAAGCAUAUGGGGGGAUUACUUCCUUAAAUAUGCUUCUCCCUCCAACUCAAUGAAGUUCAAAUUCCUUGGGAGAGUGGAGGGACAAAUUGAGGAACUGAAAGGAGAAGUAAGGACGAUGAUGGCUGGUGUCGUGGAUAAGCUUUCACAGAUGGUUCACUUGACUGAUCAAAUCCAACGCUUGGGAAUUGACUACCAUUUUAAACGUGAAAUAGAUGAGCAAUUGGAACAAAUUUACAAAAGUUACUCUCAACUUGAUCAUGAAGAUUUUAGGGUAGAUGACCUUCACAUGGUGGCUCUUAUCUUUCGAUUGUUGCAACAACAAGGUUACAAUGUUUCAUCGGAGGUCUUAAACCAAUUCAAGGAUAGUGAAGGGAACUUCCGGAAAUCGCUCAUCAUCGAUGCACGCGGAUUACUGAGCCUAUAUGAAGCUUGCCAUUUAAGGAGUCGUGGCGAUUCUAUCUUGGACGAAGCACUUCCUAUUGCUAUAACUUACCUUGAAUCAAUGGAUGAGAGCCAAGUGAGCACUAGUCUUGCGAAACAAGUGAAACAUGCCCUAAAGCAGCCACUUCACAAGGGAUUGCCAAGGCUCGAGGCGAGGCGUUAUAUUCCACUCUACCAAGAAGAGCCUUCACAUGACAAAGUCUUGCUCGCCUUGGCUAAACUAGAUUUCAACUUACUACAAGAGCAACACCAGAAGGAACUUGGCCAGAUUACUAGGUGGUGGAAGGAUAUAGAUGUUCCGAGGAAGUUCCCAUUCGCUAGAGACAGGAUUGUGGAAUUGUUCUUCUGGAUCACAGGAGUAUAUUUCGAGCCGGAGUUCACCAUGGGCAGAGAUAUACUAACUAAAGUGAUCUCCCUGACUUCCAUUCUUGAUGAUAUCUACGACGUCUAUGGCACAUUUGAAGAACUUACGCUCCUCACCAAAGCAAUCCAGAAGUGGGAUGUUGAUGCCAUGGAUGGAUUGCCAGAGUAUAUGCAAGCCUAUUACAAGGAGUUUUUCAGUCUCUAUGAAUAUAUAGGGAAUCAAUUGGCCACAAAAGGAAGGUCGUAUCGCCUCGUCUAUGCAAAAGAAGCCAUGAAGAAGCUAGCGAGAGCGUACUUUCAGGAAGCCAAAUGGUUCCAUACCAACUACACACCAACACUGGAGGAGUACAUGCCCCUUCAACUUUUAAUGACUGGCUAUGGAAUGUUAGCGACUACAUCACUUGUGGGAACGGGCGAUGUGGUCACAAAACAUGCUUUGGAAUGGUCGAUCGGUGACUGCAAGAUUGUGAAGGCUGCCCAAACCGUCUCUAGGCUCAUGGAUGACGUUUCCUCUCAUGAGUUUGAGCAGGAGAGGGGGCACGUGGUAUCUGCAGUGGAGUUGCUCAUGAAAGAACACGGCCUCUUGGAGCUGGAAGUUGUGGGGGUACUCCAGAAAGGAAUCAUCGAUGCGUGGAAGGACAUCAAUGAGGAGUUUCUUCGUCCAACCGCGGUCCCAAUGCCAAUUCUCGUGCGAAUACUCAAUCUCGUGCGGGUGAUGGAUGUGUUAUACAGCGAUGGAGAUAAUUACACUCAUUCUGGAACCAAGCUCAAAGAUUAUGUGACAUCGCUCUUCGUUAAUCCCUUGCCGAUGUGAUGUUUGGACCAAACGUCGUCACACCAGUUUGGUUAUUGUCAAUCAGUAAUCUAUUGAUUAUGCCUUUGAACUCCUAUUUUCCCGGAUGUAAUAUCAUUACCUGCAUGUACUUUCAGAUUGAUGUGCGUGAUAAGACUCAUAAAUAAACCAUGCAUAUGGGUAUGGUGUUGCUAUGUUUGCAAGUCUAGUGUAUCAUGCAAUUGUAAUAUUUCAAUAAUUCCUAACGCUUGGGAAAAUUGUCCAAAAAGUCCUAAACCUAUUGUACCGCGGCCAA